GUUAGUAAGGCGGGAAAAGUUCCCGCCUACAUCACCAAAAUAUUUUCAGACGCUAAUAAGCUGGCGAGCGGUGGCGGCGGCGGUCGCGGGCUGUUCUGCUACCACUGCCCGCCGAGCUUGCCGCCGCACCAGCACCGCCUGCCAACCCUGGAGUAUCCCUUCACGGCCUCACACCCCUAUACAAGCUAUUCUUACCAUCCGGCGAUACACGAUGACACAUUCGUGCGACGGAAACAAAGAAGAAAUCGGACAACGUUCACCCUACAACAGUUGGAAGAGCUGGAGACGGCGUUUGCCCAAACGCAUUACCCUGACGUGUUUACUAGAGAGGACCUCGCUCUCAAAAUUAAUCUCACUGAAGCUAGAGUACAGGUAUGGUUUCAAAACCGCCGUGCGAAGUGGCGGAAAGCGGAGCGAUUAAAGGAAGAACAGAGGAAGCGAGAAGGAGUUGAUGUUAUGGCGAAAAGGGAUCCUAAUGAUGAUAAGGGAUCCUCGGAGUGCGGUAUGUCUAGAGGGUCAGGAGAAGUGUCGCCUAUGUCAGGUGCAGGUUCCCCCCGCGCCUCACCUCCGGUAUCUCCUGGAUCUCCGCGUCGCUCGCCGCUCCGUUCACCGCGCCGCUCACCUAAUAGGUCCCCACGUUUAGAAAGAUCAGAAGCAAGUCCUUCACCAGCUCCAUCAGUAGGUAGCGCUGGAUCAAGGGAAGCGCCGCCCGAACACAGACCACCGCAUCACAUCUUUUCCCCUUUUGACCAUACCGGGGCCUACCGCUCGUCGACGGCGGGUUCGGACGCGCCCCCCGCACCUCCGCUCUUCCUACCCCCGCACCUCUCGCAUCUAUCGCAGCAUCUCAACCAUUUGUCGCAACCCUUCUUCCCCUUGAAAGGUUGGGGUGCCCCCUGUCCCUGCUGCCCCAAAGAAGAGGCACGUUCAACGAGCGUAGCCGAACUCAGACGCAAAGCACACGAGCACUCAGCAGCCUUAUUGCAAUCUCUCGCCAACUUCCAAUCAAGAGCUCUUCUGCCGUUACCACUACAUCUUCCCCCCCUAUCGCUGUCUCUCUUACCACAUGAUGCACAGCCAUCAACCACGCAGGCGGAGCCGCAGAAACAUAUAGAAUAAUAAUCCUUGUAUCUCAUUGAUUCCAAAAUGGAUCUGUUUCAAUCGGUCAACUAUUUCAGACGAUAAUUCUAAUAAAUAUAAAAUUUCAUAUUUGGUAGUUGGUUAAUUAUAUUUGCGCUUUAUUGCAAUCUAAUAGUGAAUACAUUAUCUAAUAUUUUUUUCAUCCAAUACAUAUCUAGUUCAUUGCGAUAUAUUUAUUGUUUUGUAAGGGAAUCUACUAUUUCUUUAUCCAAAAUAGUGUUUUAAAAUAUUAGUUAUUCAAAUUACUUCCUUCGCUGACUUGACAUUUAUAGUUGGUCGUCACAAAUACUCCUAGAUAGAGACAACAAAGAAAGAUACAGUAAUAAUAUCAGAAAUAACUAUAAUAGUUCAUCAACUAUUAUGAACAGUUGUGAACAG